AUGGGAUCACAUAGCUUACCGUCGCCCCCGGCGGAGGAGAAUAAAUCCGGCGCCUCAAGAAAGAGCUCGUCCGCCUCAAAGUCGGUCAAGUCCACGAGUCGUGUUUCCAAGCGUGCUAGUACUGGUGCUGCUGCCGUUCACCAUCAUGACCAUGUCGCCCACGCUGCUGGCAUGGAUGGCCGACAUAAGCGAGUCUGGAAGGCUUACGACGGUCUUGUCUGCACUGCGGGAGUGCGCAAGAAGGUCGAGUACAAGCAGCUGCCUCGAGGAUACGCCGAGGUUCUUGAAAACACGCAAUUCGCCCUCAUCGCUACCGUUCACAAGUUGUACAACAUGGUUCGCAACUCACAGCCGUGGGAUCUUGGUGAGCCCGACCUCAGCGACCGUGGCCUGCCCGUCAUCCACGACAUCGCGCAGAAGCUCGGCUGCAUCCGGCCCAACAGCGACGUCGACCUCCCCGUGCACUCGGUGUUUCCCGAGGACGAGGCUGGCAUGACGGAACUCGCCCGUCAGCUCGAGGAGCAACAGAGCAAGGACGGCGACAGUCAGAGGGACGUCAAGGACACAGACUCGUCUAGCUAUCAGCGAAACGACCGUGCCUCGUCUUCCGAGCUCGACCAUUCCGACUUUGAGGACUACCGCAAGGCCGCGUUCGGCAGCGGCAACGCCAUGACUCUAUCACCGCAGAGCUACGCGGGCAGCAACGACUUCGACUUCAGUCCUACCGUGCCAGAAAUGGACCCCAGUGCCAUGUUCGCCUCGCACAACCAGUCCAUGCCGAAUUUCUCCACGUGGUCCAUGCCCAAAUCCCAAAACAGUGGACUGGCAGUGCACUUCCUGCAGCACGCCGACUCCCUACGGAGCGUGGGGAUGAUGAACCAUCAGUCCAUGAUUGACCCUGAAUUCGGCACCAUCAAACCCGACAUCCUGUCAUGUCCCCAUACCGACGCCAUGAUGGGCAUGGGCGACCCUAUGAUUUACAGCGGCUUUGACAACGAUUCGAUGAGGAUCUAA